AUGUCGUUAAAAACAUCGGUGCUAAUAUUUUCUAUGUUAGCUCUUACUCGUGGAAUACAACUAGAUGUGCCCCGAUUUCAGCCUAACUUUUAUUUGUCCAGUACGGGAUUUAAGUCUAUCAGUGAGGUUGGUUUGUAUGACUGUGCUCGACAUUGUGGUUUGGAAUCGGGAUGUAAAUCCUUCACAUACAAUACACCAGAUUUACGAUGUCGACUUAUCGAAGACGAUUCCAGCACGGCACCAGGGCAAUUUCAAGCAAAGUCCAGGUCUAUUUAUGGAAACAGGGCCAAUGUUUCUCCGGAUGAAACUUUGAUGGGAACAUGCCGUAACCAUACCUGUCCAGAAUUCUCUACCUGUGUCCGUCUGACAUCGACGUCUACCACAUGGGUGUGUGUAGUAACAGCAUGUGGUUCUCCUCCAUAUGACCCAAAAGAUUUGGGCGCUGAUGACGUUUCAACUACCAUGACUCCUGUGGGGGUCACCCGGUCCCUUACCUGUCCUACAGGAUACAUAGGCCAAAGAACUGCUGUCUGUCUGGCAAGUGGACAAUGGUCGGACCCGAAAAACUAUUGUACAGAUUGUGGAAACCCACCAGGUGUAUCUAGUGCAAGUGUGUCUUCCGGUAGUAAGACUAUAGGGUCAAGUAGGACAUACCAGUGCAAUGCCGGGACUACUGCAAAUGAUUCCACUGCCAUACACUGCAGAAGUAAUGGAAAAUGGUCGACACCGGAUUUUGUGUGCAUACCGGAAUGUUCAAUCAUAACCAACAUGCAGGAUGCUCACACCUCGGCGACUAUUGCCCCUGGAGGGUCAACCAUCCAGUACAUUUGCGACACGGGCUAUAAUCAAAUGUCCGGAACCGGAAACAGACACUGCAAUGCAGAUGGGACAUGGGGACAACUAGAUAUAUCAUGCGACCCAGUCAGUUGUGGAUACCCACCUACUCCGGCCAGAGUUAGCGGCAUGGUGUAUUCCCAGUUUACUUACCCAAACACCGUGACGUUUUAUUGUCACAGUAACACGGCGUCUUCAAACCCAGGAAAUAUGCAGAUCACAUGUCAAAGUAAUGGCAUAUGGUCUGCUGCUCAAUUCGAAUGCGUCCCUCUCUAA